CAGCAUCCGCAAUUCUGCCCAUCUUGAUGUAGACUUCUCCGAGUUCAUUGCGGGUGACAGCAGUAACGUCAUUCUCACCAACUGCGCUGAGUUUAAUAUCGAGUGCACGCAGGUGAAGACGCUCUGAACCGGCGUAAUCGCCUUGUCUAGAGAGGACGUGGGCUUGGUUAUUGAAUGCAACUGCCUCAUCGAUGAGCUUCUUAGUGACCGGGUCAAAGUAAAAGUGGUGUACAAAGUCACGCAUGCUAGGGGGGGAUGAGCAAGCCAGUGCGUGACAAAGGAUAUGUGUUGUGUCGUGUUUGUUACGUGGAAUCAUACGCUAUCACUCCUGCUAACAACAAGUCCAUCAAUCGUCUUUCCAUCCAAACUGUGUAUACAACGAUCCAAUUCCAACACUGGCCGCCUGACUCUCCUUACUUAUUUCUUUUCUUUUUCUUUCUCUUAAACAUGACUUCUUCCUCGUCCUCAUCACCAGAAAUGCAUCCUGCUCCUCCAGUAGACUCCGCUGAACGCUUUUCCUAUAAACUUGCAACGCAUGAGGAGGUCCUUGAAGAUCUGUCCAGUCGCUUUCUUUUAAAUCUCCCAGAGGAAGAACUCUCGUCUCUUGAGCGGAUAUGUUUCCAGGUGGAGCAAGCGCAUUGGUUCUAUGAAGACUUCAUUCGGGAACAAAAUCCCAAAUUUCCAUCGCUACCGCUGAAGAAGUUCUCCGCAAUGCUUUUCCAAGCUUGUCCUCUGUUACACCAGUGGAGUCACGAUCAUGAACAAGCCUUCAAUACCUUCAUGCAGUACAAGACUAGAGUCCCUGUAUGCGGUGCUAUUAUGUUAAACGAUACAUGGGAAAAGUGUAUCCUUGUUAAGGGGUGGAAGUCGUCUUCUGGUUGGGGGUUUCCAAAGGGUAAGAUAAACGAGAGCGAGCCUACCCAUGAAUGUGCUAUUCGAGAAGUACUUGAGGAGACUGGUUAUAAUCUGGCAGGUCAGCUGAAUCCUGCAAACGUAAUUGAAAUGUCGAUCAAGGAGCAACGGAUCUCUCUCUUCGUGGUACCCGGUGUCCCGGAAGACUUUCCUUUUAAAACUCGGACCCGCAAGGAGAUAAGUCGGAUCGAGUGGUUCAAGUUAACUGAUCUUCCAACCUGGAGGCGGAACAAAGCAGCACCGGGAAAAUUUUAUUUAAUUUCUCCCUUCAUCGCAUCUUUGAAGGCAUUCGUCACUGCCAACAAGCCUCGAGCGAUGGAGGGGCGAGCGCGAAAGACUGGAGGAUACACAAGUACGGAUAAUGGAACACAUGAAUCUAGUUCAUCCUCGGCAGACAAUGGCGAACCUCAGACGCCGUCUCCCCAGUACAGCGAGGCACUUCCUGCGACCGGCCGUUGCGUAGCUACCCACGAGUCAGAUGACGGGCAAGUUGUCGAUGCUGAACACAUGGACCCGCACUUUGCUCGCUUACUCAGUUCUCUGACGCUCUCAGCUGUUAAGCAAGACGAUUCAAAGCCUCAGCUCGUUCUCCCGCCCGUUAAAUCACCUCUCUCGAUGCUCGCUCACAACGCGACCCCACUGGCGAAGCAGAAUAUCGUCGAUUGGUCUUCUCGUGUUUCUGCCCACUCAGAAACGCCUGUGAUAUCUUCUUCGCCUCCGAAACAAAGGCUUUCAAGCGUAUCAUCGUCCUCCACGCAUCCCCUUCGAGUUCCCCAAUCUUCGAGCAUGCAGGCUUCCUAUGUCGAAUCAUCCAUACUACCAACUUCACCAUCCCAUGUUCCUGGAACUCCUUCGUCAGGAGCCCUUUCGACCGCUUCAUUAUCCGCCGCAUCUUCCACUUCAUCCUUCACUUCCUCUCGAAAGGUAUCGUUGUCGUCAAGACGUACCUCGAGCACUGCCGACAUAUCGCCCUACCUUCCGCGCCUUACGGAGGUGCCUGCCUCAGGCAAGACGUUGAGGCAGCUGGCCCUACUGGAAGCAGUGGCUGACGAGUCUUCACGCAUGACCCCUACUCUGCCCAGUAGGGAGUUGCCAACUAUGACUAACUUUGGCAAUGCAUCUGGCGUCCGUCAUCCAGGACCGUCGGCUUCCGUUCCACCACCUACGCACUAUCCGCAAGCUGAAUUUCGCCCACUAUUCGGUUAUACUCCCUCGAUGCCAGCCGGAUAUCAUCUUCCAUCUACUUCUCACCACGCCAGCACCGCAUACUCUGAGCCGCCGCUUGUUGACGACGUUUUUCAAGUGAGACCACGCUCUAGUCAGUUUGUUACCCAUGACUAUUCCCCUCGGAAUACCCAGCAAAAUCAGUUGUUGUCGCUGCUGACUGGGCCACCACCCCUUCCUGUUGGAAUGCCUCACACUUCUCAUCCACAUCCCUCCUACUUACAAGGCUACCUUCCUGCCCAUCAUUAUCAACCACAUCCUUCAGCACACUUCCCCCCCGCUCAUCAGGCUGCGGGUCCCCAUAUGGUAACUGGUCUCUCAACUGCGAUGCUCCCAACAACUUUCCACCCAUUGCCAAUCCCUUCGCGGACCCCUGUUACCAACAGCGCUCAGCUACUUUCACUCCUAAACGAUGAUUACACCCCUAUAUCUCUGCUAUAACCCCACCCUGCAUCAUAUAUUUUGCUUGUCAUCAACGCCAUAAUGUAUAUGCUGCGCGCACGCUCCUCUUUUUGGCACUACUCCGCCCUUUCUCCUGCACUUAUUCCUUACCUGUGGUCUUUUACUUUUGAAUCAUCUUUUUUUCUUUUUGUCCCUUUUUACUGCGGGUUUCAAUGAUUUUGACGUGAACCAUCGUCAUUCUCGUCGUUCAUUACGUUUUGCUGCUGCAGUACAAUAAUUGCUAUCAUCCGUUUGCCCACUCUCGCCAUCUUUCUCUUCGUCACUCCCUCAUACUUGAAUCU